AUGACUGAGGAGUAUACUGACAUUUACAACAACAUCGAUGACUAUGAAGACCAGUUGUGUCGCAAAGACGAGGUGGUAAAAGUCGGAUCUAUUCUCAUUCCAUUCUUUUUCACAGCAGUGGUUGUAUUGAGCUGCAUUGGUAACAUCCUCGUUCUGGUUUUCCUUGCACUCUACAAAAGCCUCAGACGCUUCACGCUGACCAACGUCUUCAUCCUCAAUUUAGCUCUGUCAGAUCUGCUGUUCACUUUUGGACUUCCGUUUUGGGCAUCAUACUAUAUUUCUGGUUGGACAUUUGGAGAGGCUGGCUGUAAAGCUGUGAAGUUUUUCUUCUAUGUGGGCUUUUACAGCAGUGUGCUGUUCUUGACUCUAAUGACCGUUCAGCGUUACAUGGCAGUGGUUCAUCCUUUGCCCGACUGGGAGGGAUGCAGAGGCCUUUCUGUAUCUCCUUUUAUCGUUUGGAUCCUGAGUGGAACGGUUGCACUGCUCAGUUCACUUCAUAGUGAAGUUAUGAUAGAAUCUGACAGCCAAUACUGUGAAUAUGGCAGCGUUGAAUGGAAAUCUGGCAUUGCUUAUUUUCAAAAUGCUUUUUUCUUCAUUGCAUUUGUAAUCAUGGGUUACUGCUAUGGCAGAAUGCUUCGGACGAUCACAAAAUCACGUACUAAUAAGAGACACAAGACUGUUAGACUAACAUUUUUUAUCGUGCUGUUGUUUUUUAUUGGUUGGGCUCCAUAUAACAUUGUCAUGUUCUUAAAAUCUUUGACAAUCCAUCCAUUCACAGACUGUGAAGUAAGCAUAAGACUUGACUAUGCAUAUUAUGCUUGCCGAAUGUUAGCUUUCUCACACUGUUGCAUAAACCCAGCGAUUUUAGUUUUUGUAGAUGCAAAGUUUUGUAAUACUUUACGAGAAAUUUCAAGGAGGUUUUGUUUUGUGUAA